GCAAAAUGGUCUCUUUAAUUUGGAUGCUGUUUCUUGCUUUCAAGAUCAUUUUUUUGAUGGGACAAGAAUGUGUCUGUACAAAAAUUAUUGGGGGUAAUGAGGUUAAACCUCAUUCUAAACCAUACAUGGUUUCAAUCCAAAUGAACAGACGACACAUUUGUGGAGGAGCUUUGAUUGCACCCAGUUGGAUACUGACUGCAGCACAUUGUAAAGAGGAGUGGAAGAAUAGGGACAUUCAAGUGAUACUGGGAGCUCAUUCACUUUCCAAGAGGCAAGAAGAGAAACAACAAGUACUGAAAGUGAAGAAAUGUUUCCCUUAUCCACAAUUUAAUUGGAACAGAAAAGAAAAUGACAUCAUGCUGAUUCAGUUGGCCAACGAAGCUAUUAUGAGCAAACAUGUGUCAAUCCUGAAGCUGCCAAAAUCACCAGAAGAUGUCAAAGCUGGAACCAAGUGCAGUGUUGCAGGAUGGGGAACAACUAAUCCUGAUACUCAGAAUCCAUCUGAUACCCUGAGGGAAGUAACUUUAACUGUCAUUGCUCGGAAGCAAUGUCAAAAAUACUAUAACUAUGAUCCCUUUAUAACUAAGGACAUGUUAUGUGCUGGUGAUGCAAAAGCUAGAAAAGAUUCAUGUCAGGGAGACUCUGGUGGUCCACUCAUAUGCAAUGCCAGCAAGUUCAGGAAAAGAUAUGAAUACAGAGGCAUCGUUUCAGCAGGAGAUGGCUGUGCUAAACCUAAAAAACCUGGCAUUUAUACCCGUCUGUCUGAAAAAUUUCUGAAAUGGAUAAACAAAAUCACGAAAGUUAGAACUCACAAAUAA